GCUAGUGCCAUUGUGGUGGUGGAAUUCUUCGGCGAUUGGUGCUUAUGGCUGCAGGAGAAGGCAGUGCUUGACAUUAUGACUUCGCUUUCCUGGGGCAGAUUAAGCAAAAGGUGACAUGUGAAACAGAGGCUCAGCAAAGAAAUUUGCCUAUGGACAGAAAUUGGUUUUCCUGUUUGUGUCAUACAUCAUGGCACGUCAUUUGGCCAUCUGUGAUCAAUUGUUCUCGCCAUCGAAUGAAUGUUUUGGUGAUUCUUCUAUUUGUCCUUGUACUGAUUGUUGUGGGGAUUUUAUACCCCAGGCUUUGGACCUCUGGAGCAUUUCAGAAUCAGCAAUUCAGGAGGCAAUUGGAUCAGAUAGAGGAUUUAGAAGCUACAGAUAUAAAGGACCCAAAACUAAACUACGGCAUUGUUGUUGACUGCGGCAGCAGUGGCUCCCGGGUGUUUGUAUACUUUUGGCCCCCACACAAUGGAGAUCCUCAUGACCUUCUUGAUAUUAAGCAGAUGAGAGACCGCAGCAGCAAACCUGUAGUUAAGAAGAUCAGACCAGGUAUAUCCACCAUGGCAUUAACUCCAGAAAAAGCCAGUGACUAUAUGAAACCUUUACUUAGUUUUGCAGCAUCUUAUAUCCCAAAAAUAAAACACAAAGAGACUCCGUUAUAUAUUCUGUGCACCGCUGGGAUGAGGGUUUUGCCUGAAAGCCAACAGUCAGCAAUCCUUCAGGACUUGGUAAAGGACGUACCACAGGAGUUUGACUUCAUUUUUUCAGAGACCCAUGCUGAGGUCAUCUCAGGGAAACAGGAAGGAGUUUAUGCAUGGAUCAGUAUUAACUUUGUUCUUGGACGUUUUGACCACGUUGAAGACAAUGAUCCUGUUGUUGCUGUGACUAUAGCCAACCAAGAGGAAACCAUCAUUCGCAAGCGGACAGUAGGCAUCCUAGACAUGGGCGGCGGUUCUCUUCAGAUUGCUUAUGAGGUUCCAACCACCAUGACCUUCCCUUCUGCACACUAUCAGGAAGAAGCAAAAACCGUUUUGGCAGAGUUCAACUUAGGUUGUGACCUGCAGCAUACAGAUCAUGUGUACCGUGUAUAUGUUAAAACAUUUAUGGGAUUUGGAGGGAACUUUGCACGGGUACGUUAUGAAGAAAUGUUAUUCAAUGGCACAGUAGCCAAAAACAGAGUACUGGAGGAGCAGACCGGCACCAAUUCCAACUCACCACUUCUGGAUCCUUGUUUACCUGUUGGUCUUACAGAUAAAAUACGUAGACAGGAGCAGGAUCUUCAUGUUCUUGGGCAAGGAGAUUGGAAUAAAUGUGGGCAGUUGCUGGAACCUCUGCUUUUAAAGUCCAAUGACUCUCAAGCCUAUCUCAAUGGUGUUUAUCAGCCACCCAUAGACUUUUCUAACAGUGAAUUUUAUGGUUUUUCUGAAUUCUAUUACUGUACAGAUGAUGUUCUUCGUAUGGGCGGUAUAUAUAGCAGCCGCAAGUUUUCUAAAGCAGCGAAGGAUUUCUGUAGUAUGAGCUGGACAACCUUAAAAGAGAGAUUUAACAAUCACCUGUAUUCUCCACAUGCUGAUGUGCAUCGGUUAACGUAUCAAUGUUUUAAGUCUGCCUGGAUGUACAAAGUUCUCCAUGAUGGUUUCCAUUUUCCAUAUGACUAUCCAAACCUUAAGACUGCUUACUUAGUGUAUGAUAAGGAAGUGCAAUGGACCCUUGGAGCGAUGAUCUACAAAACUCGAUUCCUUCCACUCAGGGAUAUUCGCCAGGAAAGCUCCCGGCCUGCCCACUGGUGCUGUUUCAGACUUUCAUUUGUCUUUAACUACUAUCUAUUCUUUGCUUGCAUCUUGGUGGUUUUAAUCUCUAUUGUCCUGUACAUUUUGAGGCUUAGACGCAUACACAGGAGACAGGCUCGAGCCUCUGCACACGACUUCUUGAUUUUGAUAGAGGAAGGUGAAACCACAUCAUUAAAGUAAGACUGUGGCGCAUAUUUAUCAAGCUCCGUAAACAGAAGUUAUCAAGAAGUUAUGAAGUCUAAAUACCGCUGCUCCAUAACUUGUCUGCCUGCUGUGAGGCGGCGGACAGAAAUCAACCCGAUAGAAUUUGAUCGGGUUCAUUGACACCCCCUGCUAGCAAAUCUGCAGGGGGCGACAUUGCACCAAGCAGUUCACAAGAACUGCUGGUGCAAUGAUAAAUGCCGACAGCGUAUGCUGUCUGCAUUUAGCGAUGGGCAGCGAUGUGCAGCGGACAUGAUACGCUACUUCGUAUCAUGUCCGCUCGCACAUUGUUAAAUAUGCCCCUGUGUAUUAGCCGAGAGCUGGUUCUCAUUUAAGUGUUUCUACAGCGAUGAUCUCCUUAUUGCUGGUUUUAUUGCAGCAGCUCUUUUUUUGAGCUCCGUUUUUUUUGACAAUACUAUAAACUCUUCACUUUUUAUACAAACUGGAAGGUGCUUCCUUUGUGUAAAAUGGUUUAAAAAAUAUACUUCAUUAAUGAACUUAAUGAGUUUUUUGCUUUUAAAGUAUUACCAAUAAAGGAGUAGUAAAAUCAGGGCAUCUCUAAACGACCUACAUAUGUUGUUACAUUUAUCUGGUCAUUGUCUUCAUACAGACGAAUAAUCCUGAAAUGUGUAGACUUAGAACAGACCAAGAUUUGAAGAACUUCUCUGCUUGGCUUAGACAGUCAACACAAAAAUUGUUAUUGUUUAAAAAGAUAGAUAACGCCUUUACUACCCAUUCCCCAGCUUUGCACAACAAGCAUUGCUAUAUUAAUAUACUUUAUAACAUUUAAGCCUCUAAAUGUCUGCCUUUUUCUAAGUUACCACAGACAGCCUCUUAUCGCAUGCUUUUUUAUUUGCUUUUCACAACAGGAGACAACAGGAGACUGUUAGUUCAUGUGGGCCAUAUAGAUAACAUUGUGCUCUUUACAGUGGAGUUGUGCAGGACUCAGCUCUAAUUGGCAAUAGAUAAAUAAUCAUGUGAUCAGGGGGCUGUCAGAAGAGGCUUAGAAACAAGGUAAUCACAGAGGUAAAAGGUGUAUUAAUAUAACCAUGUUUCUUUGCAAAACUGGGGAAUGGGUAAUAAAGGGAUUAUCUAUUUUUUUUAAACAAUAAUACAUUUUGAGUUGACUGUCUCCUUAAAGGGCUUAGUAUGGACCAAUUAAAAAUCAGGGCUGGAAAUGUCCACUAGCUAGGUAUUGGUACAAAAUUGGGUUUAAUAUAGAGUGGUUUAGUAACUUUUUCCCCAGCUGGUAAACUGUAGUGAUUUUUUUCCCCUUUGCCAGAUAUUAUAUUCUAAGCACCUUGGAUUCCUUUGGAACUGGAGUUUGUGUUAAAAGCAAUGCAAUAACAUUAGAUUUUUAUUUGCUAAAGCAAAAGAUUUUAUACAGUUGCUCAGUUCUUCACAUCUUUUCCUCAGCACCUGGAAGUUGGUUUUGAUUUUAUGUUAAAAAAAAAACUUUCCAAUUUACUUCUAGUAUCAAUCUGACUUUGUACUCUUGGUAUCUUUUGUUGAAAAGCUGAUAGGAAGGUGUAUAUGUGACUAGAGCAAUAUGGCAGCAGUUUCAUAACAAUGUUAUACAUUGCAAGAACAGUAGAUGGCAGCAUAAUUUUCUGUCAUGUACCGCUCCAGAAAUGUGCACUCUACCUAUCUAGAUAUCUCUUCAACAAAGAAUACAAUGAGAACGGAGUAAAUUUGAUAAAAGAAGUAAAAUAAACACUUUUUUAUUGUAUGCUCUGUCUGAAUCAUGAAAGAAAUAUGUUGUGUUUCAUUUCCCUUUAAAUUGAAAUACCUCAUCUUAUUUAAAAUGACCACAACAAAAACCACAAAUGUAUGUUUACUAAUAAAACCAUUUUUUGUUA